CUCAAGCAGUGAACAUAACACAACACUAGUUUUAAAUCUCUUUCGAGUUAGAAAAAAAAGCGAGAGACAAAGAGACUUGUAUCUUUUCUUUACUCAACAAAGAACAUCAUAGGAAAUAUGUCUGCUUUUAUGAAUCUGCAUUAGAAAAUUUUGUUAAAGGUUCAACGCAAAAAAGGGGGUUUCGGUAAACAGGAAGUUAAUUCGGGCAACAGAAGCGAAGCGCAAUAGUUAAGAAAAAAAAUCCGGGCUCAGGAAAAAAAAAGUGAAUUCAGCUGCAAUCGAAUAUCGGCUCCUUCUUGGAGGUUGUGUGUUAGUGUGCAAACGGGUGGCAGUGCGUGAAAUAGAUCAACAAACAAGAAGAAGAAUCAGUGCUUGACGAAAUAUCGGACGAUUUUCGGGGUGUUAUUUUUGGUAUAGUGCCACUGGUAAGGCGCACUAGAAGGGAUCGGCCGAAUUCAAACCAGGGAAGCGCCAUGCCGCCAUCACGCCUGGAUGGACUAUACCGCUCGCUGCUGUUGACCAAGUUCUUCUGCAAGGGCUGGGGCAAACCGGAAAAUCUCGAAAGACUGUUCGCCUUCCGGAAGAUCAUCUCCAACCGUGCCGCCUGCUCGAAGCUCGUCCCAUCGGAUUACCCGGUGGAAAUCACCAAAGAAGAAGUAACCGCCGACUGCAAGAUCCUCGAGGGGAAAUUCGUAACUCCGCUGGAGAUCUACCUACCCGGACUGGUACCGGAUGUGGUGCAAAAUGCGCACUUCCAGAUACUGCUGCCGCACAAGUGGAACGACGACCGAUUCAAGCCGAUGUGCAUCCAUUUGGCCGGAACGGGGGAUCAUUACUAUUGGAAGCGACGCAAUCUAAUCGCCAAGCCGCUGUUGAAGGAAGCCAAUCUCGGUGCUAUUAUUCUGGAAAAUCCAUUCUACGGGGCGCGUAAACCCAAGGAUCAAAAGGCCUCCAGCCUGCACAACGUCUCGGACAUCUUCGUCAUGGGCGGCUGUCUGGUGCUGGAGUCGCUGGUCCUGCUUAACUGGUGCGAACGUAACGGCUACGGUCCGCUCGGAAUCACCGGCCUCUCAAUGGGUGGUCACAUGGCCUCCCUUGCUGCCACCAACUGGCCAAAACCUCUGGUUCUGGUGCCCUGUCUCAGCUGGUCCACGGCAUCGUCCGUAUUUACCGAAGGCGUCAUGAGCCACUCGAUUAACUGGGACGUACUGGAAACGCAAUACUUCGCCGACGGUAACUACCGGGAGCGGCUCUCUAAGAUGGUCACCGUCGUGGACGAUGCUUUCGUGGCCGGUCAGAGUUUCAUCAAGAACUUCAACCAAUCAGUCGAAGAACUCAAGCAGGAUAUUUCCCACGUGGACGACUUGGUCAGCGAAGAUGCUUGCCCGGACGUCAACUUAACGGUCAUCCGUGACACCACACCGGAACAGGAGCAGAAACGCAUUCACAUCAAUCGACAGAAUGUCCUCAAUCUUUCUGAACCUCUCCUGAACAAGCUGCUCUCGGACGUUAAAUGCGAACUGACCCAAUCGGAAAUCGACGAGCUUAAUCUCAAAAUACAAUUGGCCCUCAAAAACUACAAAGAGGAAAACAAGACUGACAGCGACAAGCUGAUUCUGGAAGUGAAGGCUGAAGAAUUGUCGGAACCCCUACCCUCCAAAUCGUUGGGAACCAAAAUCAUGGAGUUCAUCAGCUGGAGCAGCAACGGCAGUGGCAACGAAAACCCCACCAAACAUGCCACCGAAGUCGCUCCGCUAGAGAAGCGGGAACCGAUCGAUACGUCCAAGACCCGCUGGUGGAAACGAGAAGCCCUGCAGUUUAUGCGCGGAAUGAUGGACGAGUGUACCCAUCUCAAAAACUUCACCGUCCCGUACGACACCUCGCUGAUUAUUGCCGUUUGUGCCAAGGACGAUGCGUACAUUCCACGGGACAGCUGUACUAGUUUGGAGGACAUUUGGCCGGGAGCGGAAAUUCGCUACCUAGAUGCCGGACACGUCAGCGCCUACGUGCUGCACCAGAAGCUGUUCCGGUCGUGCAUUAUCGAAGCAUUUGAACGGGCACGCAGCAAGUGGAUUCCGGAGCACGAGCGAAUCCAGGAAGUUACCACCAAUAGUAACGGGGAUGGGAACAAAUAAGGUACUAAUCAAUCGGAAACCGGGAACCAAAUAACCCCCGAGGGAAUGGCUGUGACCAAUGGGGAAGCUUUUACAUUGAACCAAAUCAAAACAGAGAAAACCUUUCCGGAAUAGACGCAACCCAGGCGCCAACGAGACUGUGACCAAGGCAGUGACGCAACUUCCGGUCACGUGGAUAUUCCGGAAUUGGAAGACAUUGACAUUGUAAUUAUUAAUUAUGAAUCGAAACUUGGAACGAAGAAGCGCUUCGUGGAUACUUCCGGACCGGAAGUAAACUACUGCGAGGCGUCGGAGCGAAGUCAGUAUUUAAGUCAGACGAAUGCGGAGAAAUUUAUUGCUGUGUGAAUAACUUGCACGUUUAUACAUCGUUACGAUCAGUUCAAAAUGCUUUGUACAAUUUAUAUUUUAUGUUAGAAAUAAAAAUAACGAAUGCUUUUAGGUAGCACUAGCGCUACUGGAA